AUGACGUCCAGGUCGACGUCGUCGACGCCCAGCUCCCACCCUUCGCCCCGGUACGCCGCCGGCCAGAUCCCGUUGCGUCCUGGCGCCAGCACUCCCUGCGGGUCCAGCGCGUCCUUGAUCGUCUCGUGCAGCCGCAGCAGCGCCUGCCCGCCCCAGCUGUACAUGCGUCCGGUACUCGCCGAAACCCCGCGCCGCGCACGCCGCAAUCAUCGCCCGCAUCAGCCGCACCGCCCGCCGCUUGGCGUCCGCGUCCGCCCGGUCGUACACAAUGUUGGAAAUGUAGUGCAUCUCGCGGCCGGCCACGCAGAGCGUCGGGAACAGGUCGAAGCCGUGCGCGGCGUGCAGCUCCGAAAUCAGCGCGUGCAGCGCGCGGGCGUCCGCGGCGCGCGUCGGCGCAAUCGGCGAGAAGAACAAGUGCGCGCCGUUGGGCACCCAGUGGAGCCAGUCGAGCUCGCGCAGGACCGGGACGCCGGCACACACGAGGGCGCGCGCGUGCAGGUAGUGGUCGCCGGGCACCUCGUCGGGCAGCACGAGGCGGGUGCCCGGAAUGGCGGCCAAGAAGCGCCGGUGGAGGCCGGCAAUCUGGUCCUGCAGGGCGUCGGCGGACGCGCCGUACUGCGUGCCGUAAAAGACCCAGGCGCAGUCGCCGAGUGGCAGCUUGGCGGCGGCAGCGUGCACCUCGUCGGCCGUCAGCGGCCCAUCGGCUUCUGUGGUGCCCUGGCGGAACGUGGCGCGCGGCUGGCCGGUCACAUUGAGUUCUUGCACGACGUGGCGCAGCUGCGGGAUGUUGCCGAGCACGCCCUGCUGGGCGAGCGGGCGGAUGACCUCGACAAUCGCGGCAAAGUCGACUUCGCGCGGGAACGUCAGGCAGUACGACUGGUGAGCCGGCGGCGCGGGCAUCAGGUGGAAGCCCAUCUUGACGACGAUCCCCAGGCUGCUCUGCGAAAACAGGCCGUGGACGGCCGGGCCAAACGAGUGCUGGAACGACUGCCACGCCGUGUUGUCCGUCUCCUGGCCGUCGGCAUCCGACGCACCCGGCAGGGCGCCCAUGCCCGUGCGCAGCAGGGAUCCGUCGGGCAGCACAACCUCCAUGCCGCAGUGGUUGCCAAAGUGGUCGCCGUAGGGCGUGUAGCCGACGCCGCGGUCCACGGCGUUGCCGAGCACAGAGCCGCCGCCGAGGUCGGGGCAGUCGAUCCACAGUGGUGUCUGCGUGCCCUUGUUCGCCUCGUUGAGCUGCUGGACGGCCUCGUACAGCGCAAAGUACGAGACGCCGGGCUCGACGAUGCAGCUAGCAUUGCCGCCGUCGAGGUCCAAGAUCUGGUGCAUGUUGCGGCCGAGGUCGAGGACGACGCCGCCGGGGAUGCGCGGUGCCGCGCCGCCGUAGCCCAGGUUGCGGCCCAUGGAGAUGGGAUACAGCGGGAUGCCUCUGGCUUUCCCGUCCUUGGACGUCGACGUGUGCCGGUUGGCCCAGCGCACAAUCGCCUGGACGUCGGCCGUGGUCCGCGGGAAGAUGACGGCGCUGCUGGCCAGCGCCUCUGGGUCCGCCACAUGGAACGCAUCGUGUGUCGACGCCGGCUUGUCGAGGUACCAGCCAUCGACGAGAUCGACGCCCUCGUCGUUGACCUGGAUGAGGUCGUCGCCGCCUUUGAGCUCGGCACGCAGUUCCGCAACGGCUGCCAGAAACGCGUCGAUCGACAUGCCGGGUGGUGGUUGAAGACCACGUCGCCGUGUGAACCGCGCCGGUAG